UAAACUUUGCAUUCUGCUAUUUUUGUAAUGUUGCAAUGUCUAUUACUUUAGAUACGGCUUCCUGUGCCAAGGCACAAACUGAUGCAGAUGUUCAUUUGAUGCCUUGUGAAAUAGAACACGAUGGUGAAGCCAACGUUGAUGAUUACUUACUGCCAACAGUUAAAGAUGAUGGAAAUGGCUACCUUACAGCUGCAUUCCGAGGCCGACCCUUGAAGGGUGAAAAGUAUAUAUUACCAGAAGGAUACACUGGUAUCAUGACUCAUGAACCCCGUCGGCCAUUUGUGGAAGAUGAAGAAAGGACAUUCAAAAUCAGCCACCAGUUUAAUGAGUUUAUGUAUUGGAAUCUGGAUAUUCCACCAAAUGCAGAUGAUAAACUUAGGAAAGCAAUGGCGUGGAUUGAUGUGGCUAAAGCUAUUCAUCGACCAGUAGAUGAGAUAGGUAGUCAGAAAAGCUUGACAGGAAAAUGAGAACCUUGGCUCAAAAUCGAUGGAUAGUAAAAAUCAUUUUUGUGCUUGUUAUAGAGGACAGUGAUGGACCAUGCAUGUUUCAUCUUGCGGUGCUAGUUCAUUCAUUCAGUGUUGACAAAGGCAUCCCUUGCUUUUUGCAAGUGCCUGCCCUGAACCUCUUGACUACCGCGACUGCUAUAGCGGUGGUAAUCAAAUACACGCUUUUACUGCCGACCGCUUGAGCAGUCACUAUAAUAGACCUUUCUGUGUAUUGUUUAGUAUGAUCUGGCUCAGCUCUACAGGUGUAUAGUGACGCAGGCAUGGCAUCUGCUACCCACCAACUUGUCCUAAGUCAUAUAGAUGGUGCUGCGGUGGCGGUGAAGACGGAGGUUUUGCCAGAUGCACGUGGCUGCACAAUGAUACCAAAAAGACCCCGGUAUUGAGCAGUUCGAACGGCCCGGUAGUCAAGGGAUUAAUAUCUACUCUUCGAUGAGUUCCAGGUGGGCAAAAUUUGGAUGUAAUUAUGCUUAAAAU